AUGUCAGAUGGUCCUCGUCCCAAUGUUCCAGCAGGUCGAGGUCCCAAUAUAAUACCAGCAGGUCGAGGUCCCAAUGCUCCAGCAGAAGGUCCUCGUCCCAAUGCUCUAGCAGGUCGAGGUCCCAAUAUAAUACCAGCAGGUCGAGGUCCCAAUGCUCCAGCAGAAGGUCCUCGUCCCAAUGCUCUAGCAGGUCGAGGUCCCAAUAUAAUACCAGCAGGUCGAGGUCCCAAUGCUCCAGCAGAAGGUCGUCGUCCCAAUGCUCCAGCAGGUCGAGGUCCCAAUAUAAUACCAGCAGGUCGAGGUCCCAAUGCUCCAGUAGAAGGUCCUCGUCCCAAUGCUCCAGCAGGUCAAGGUCCCAAUAUAAUACCAACAGGUCGAGGUCCCAAUGCUCCAGUAGGUCAAGGUCCCAAUAUAAUACCAGCAGGAAACAAUGUCAGAGGAAACGAUGUCAGAGGAAACGAUUGA